GUAGGAGGAUGUCGGCGGCAGAGGACGCGCUGAUGAUUUUCUCCACCUUGGGGGAGGAUCCGUCCACGUAAUGCGAGGCAAACUCACCGCAUUUGCGGGCAUUAGCUUUUCCUCCUUCAGCCGCGGUGCAUCAGCAUAAUGAAGCCGCAGCUUGGAGAUGACCGUGGCACACUCGCACACAGCUAGAAGAGGAGACCGCUGCGCUUCGCUUUCAUUCGGAUGUUUUGCUGCGUUUUUUUUUUUUUCUUCUUCUUCUUUCUUCGUAAAGAGCGCAGACUGACUGUUUCUUAUUAAAGCCGUCAUCAUAAGAAGCAAAAAAAAGCCAACCCAAAACUAGAGGAUGAGCAGCAUCUCAAGGGUGAAAUCCAAGCGGACCGAGGUCAGACUCGGAGCGGAGAGAGAUCAUUUUGACAAGCAGCAGCUUAGCAGCAUCAGCAAAGCCAUCAAUUCCACAGAGACGCCUGUGAAGGAGAAACAUGCACGACGAAUCAUCCUGGGGACUCACAGGGAGAAGGGAGCUGUCACCUUCUGGUCCUACGCUCUGGGCUUCCCUUUUCCCAGCAGCUCCAUCCUUUGCUGGAAGUUCUGCCACGUGCUGCACAAAAUCCUGCGAGAUGGGCACCGCAACGUCCUACAAGACUGCACAAGACAUUACAGCUCUCUGAUUGAUAUUGGGGAAAUAUGGGGCAAUCUCCAUGACCGAUAUGGUCAGCUGGUGUCUCUGUACUCCAGGCUGCUCUGCACAAAACUGAAGUUUCACACGAAGCGUGGAGAUAUCCCAGCAAACCUGGAGAUCAAUGAUGAUGACCUGGAGCGCGCUGCAGGAACAGACAUUAAUAAUGUGUUCCAGCUCUCAGUGGAAGUGUUUGAUUACAUGGACACAGAGCUGCAGCUGGCUGAGACAGUGCUCCGACAGCUCAACACGUCCAUUGCCAUUUCCAGUCUCACGUCAAGCCAGUGUCGCCUGGCUCCACUCAUCCAGGUUAUCCAAGACUGCAGUCACCUCUACCACUUUGCCGUCAAGCUGCUUUUCAAGCUGCAUGCCUGUCUCCCUGCUGAUACUUUACAAGGACAUCGUGAUCGUUUCCAUGACCAGUUCCAUAAACUUAAGUCCUUCUUCAAUAAAACCAGAGACAUGACGUACUUUAAGAGACUGAUCCAGAUCCCCAAGCUGCCUGAUUCCCCACCUAACUUCCUGCAUGCAGCCUCACUGGCAAAACACGUGAAGCCAGUGGUGGUCAUCCCCGAUAUGGAUGAACCAGAGCAACAAGAUGACGAUGACGACGAACCAGAGCCACUUAUUGAUGUCAGCAACGUCACGACUUCCAGCCUACAGGCUCAACCGCAGCAGAUGGACAUAUUUGAUCAGGCCUUUGGGCCUCCAAAUGGAGGCUUUGAUGACAGAGACCUUCAGAUUGAGAGCCUGAAGCGGGACCUUGAACUGUUGAGAGCAGAGCUGGAGAGGGUGAAAGCUGAAGCUCAACGUUACAUCACACAGCUCAAAUCUCAAAUCAACAGUUUGGAGGCAGAGCUGGAAGAACAGCGUGCACAGAAACAACGAGCCCUUGUGGAAAAUGAACAGCUGCGCAUGGAGCUUGAGGCGACCCGCCACCGAAACGCGGAACACGAGAGCUUGCAGACCACCUUCAUCGAGGCUGAAAAAAGGGCACAAGCCACUGAGCAGCGGUACAAUAAGCUGAAGGAGAAGCACACAGAGCUGGUGACCAGCCAUGCUGAACUGCUCCGGAAGAGUGCAGACACUGUCAAGAUGCUGUCAGCAACCCAGCAGACCCAGGAAGAAGUUGAGCGGACCAAACACCAGAUGACCUUUGAGAUGGAACGGAUAAAGCAGGACUCUGACAUGAAGUUGGAAGAGCAGAGAUUCGAGAUGGAGAAGCUGAAGAGAGAACUGGAAGAGAAGAUCGCAGAAAUGACGCGCAUCAAGGCGACUCUACAGAGCAGCACGAAGACAUCGGAGCAAAUGAACAGCUCGAUGACAGCUCUGCAGGCGGAGAAGGAGCGUUUGAUGCGGUCUGUGAGCGAGAAGGAGGCGGAGCUGUCAUCACUGCGGCAGGCUACGCAGGUGCAGCAGUCAUCACUUCAGCAGGAGCGAGAUAGGACCAGCAGGGAGCUGGGAGAGCUGCAGGGAAAACUGAAGGAGAAGACAAGUCAGGAGGAGCAGAUGAAGCAGAAGCUUCUGGAGGAGCAGUUUGCCCUGCUGCAGGGUACCAUAACAGAAGCUGAGACCAUCAUCCAAGAUGCUGUUGCCAAGCUGGAUGAUCCCCUCCAUAUACGCUGCACCAGCUCUCCAGAUUACCUCAUAAGUCGAGCAGAGGCUGCACUGGGCUCCAUUGACAAAGUGAAAAAAGGCCAUGCAGAUUAUCUGAGAAACAUGAGUGAUGCUGGAGGGCUGCUGAGGGCUCUGACCCAGUUCUCUCACUUGACCGCGGACACAAUUAUUAAUGGCAGCGCUACUGCACACAUGGCACCCACUGACCAUGCAGACAAACUGACCGAGAACUGCCGAGGCUGUGGCGCUCAGAGUCUGCAGUUCUUGAAGGAGAUGAAGUCCAAGACCACACUGCAGAGAGCAGACCCAGCCACCAUUCGUAUAAUCAUACAGAAAAUCCUACACUUGGGUCAGGAGCUGCGGCCAAAAGGCAUGGAUGUUCGUCAGGAGGAGCUGGGAGACCUGGUUGACAAGGAAAUGGCUUCAACAUCAGCAGCUAUUGAGGAGGCGGUCCGUAGGAUUGAUGAAAUGAUGAAUCAGGCACGAAAAGACACAACAGGAAUUAAACUGGAGGUCAAUGAAAGGAUCCUUAAUAGCUGCACAGACCUGAUGAAGGCCAUCCGCAUGCUGGUCAUAUCCUCCACAGACUUGCAGAAGGAGAUUGUCGAGGGUGGGCGGGGCGCAGCCACUGUUAGGGAGUUUUAUGCCAAAAACUCUCGCUGGACGGAGGGACUCAUCUCUGCUGCCAAGGCUGUAGGAUGGGGAGCCACAGAGAUGGUAGAAUCUGCUGAUAAGGUGGUGUUGCACACGGGCAAAUAUGAGGAGCUGAUCGUCUGCUCUCAUGAGAUCGCCGCAAGCACAGCACAGCUGGUGGCGGCCUCAAAGGUUAAGGCAGAUCGCCACAGCAGGAAGCUGACAGUUCUCCAGCAGGCGUCUCGCCACGUGAAUGAAAUGGCAGCUAAUGUGGUGGCCUCGACAAAGACGGGCCAGGAGCACCUGGAGGAAAAAGAUACAAUGGACUUCUCUGGGAUGUCACUAAUUAAGCUGAAAAAAGAAGAAAUGGAGUCACAGGUGAAAGUGUUAGAAUUGGAGAACCAGCUGGGCAACGAGCGUCUGCGGUUGGGCGAGCUCAGGAAAAAGCACUACGAGUUGGCUGGAGUCCCUCUAGAGCAGUUUGACGAGGGGAACGGUGAAACUUCCUCGCUGGUCAAUCCUGUCAGCAUGUCACCAAAACUCUCCAAGCCCUCUCUCAUGAAGAAGCCUCCGCUGGCCCAGAAACCCAACAUCCCACCCAAAAAUGUGUUCAAAUGAAUGCCUGAGCAGUAGAUGAGAAGCACUACAGGAUAGUUGGACCAAGGAGGAGGAGGAAGGCCUUUUUGUGAACCUGCACUUCCUUUAAGUUGCACGCUGACAAUCCUCUGUGUUCCUGCUUCUCAUUGUCUCCUUUUCCUACUUUGUUUGUGUUUUUUGUUUUUUUUGCCAAAAUGGACCAGAAGUCUGAUGUGUGACCCUCCAUGCCUGUUAGGAAUAGGCUCUUUUUUUUUGACAUAACCUUUUAAUUUUAAUGUUAGGCAUCAAGAACAAAAAGGUAAAUUAUAAACUUUUUGGUUGUUAAAGUAUUUUUUUUUCUUCUCACUAUAAUUUUAAAUUAAACACUACUGCUGCUUUUUAAAAUCUAAACCUUGUUACCGACCACGAAUCAACAGCACGUCUCGGGCUGUUAGUGUUGAUCAUGUUUGGACCUCCCUUUUUUUUUUUUUUUUUUUUUUUUUUUUAUUUAAAACACUGUUUUGAAUGUUUGUCACAGAGCACAUCUCAGUGUACACUGUAUAAUUAUGUUGAGGUGGGUUAUAAAGGAAACUGGGGGAAUCACUUGCAUCCAUGUUGCUGCGAAAUUUUACAUACCUCUAAGCUUUGCCUUCAUGAUGGACGUUGUUUCUCUCAUGUGCAAAACGGCUUUCUUUCUCAACCGUACAAGAUUGUCUGUCUCAGAGGCCUUGAAUAGUGCUGCACCAAUGCAUUGAAUGACACCCGUAGAGACGUACAGUCUGUAUAGGAGUGUGCAACUCACACCAAGUAUAAUUUAUAUCUACACUCAUCUCUCUGAAUGCUCCUUUACUAGCAGAGAACCUGGAUGUUAUGUCAAAUAGAUAUUUAAUGAUCAUACACACAUACUGGAUGUAGGUGUGCUUAAUUAUCAAGUGCUUCUUUCAGGCUGAAUACGCAGAUUUAGGUUUAGUUAUUGUAUGAUAUCAAGGUGUUCAAGACCUCUCUGCCUCUGGGAGCCUUUUCUUACAGGGUCUUACAGGUUCUGCUCUUUUCCUCUGUAUGAAAUGUCUUUAUACACUCAGAUCUAUUAAUAUAUUUUAGUAAAGAUGCUGGUGGUUUUUCCUUGUAAGAUGAAUGAACAAUAAAUGUUUGAUUUUAA